AAAUUCAAAAUAUUCGGUUGGAAAGAUUCAGUGGCGGGUAGAUUUAUUCGAGUUUUCCAAGUGCUAGAUUUAUUUCGAGCAGAAUUUACGAAGACACUCCAAAGAACUUCACAAGUACAGAACAAAUUACUUGUCAACUGACUAUCGACUUUCCCAUCGAAUCAUCAAUGAAUGGAAUUCAUUACCUCAGCACGUGGUUGAGGCUCUAUCCGUCGACUCUUUCAAAGAAAGUUGGAUCAACUGAGAGACCAUCAUCGCCAGGACUAACACAAGCCGUCAAGCCUCCUGUCCUUUCCAAACUGAAACUGAGGUGUCCCAGACUAAUCGCUGUGGUAAACUCACCUGUCACUUUUCAGAUAAGGAUAUUCUGCAGAUAGUUGACUGCCACCGCGAAACUACUACUUUUGUACAUGUCUCUAUUAUAACGUUCUUCAAGACCAAUCUCAAAUUUACUAACUACCGAGACUUUCAGUCGUUUUACUUUCAGCCAAAUACGACAAAGAUCUAUGAGGCAGAUUGGUGGAAGAUGGUUUCACCAUAACUUAACUGGUUUGGAAGCUGAAAAACUGUUGACUUUAAAAGGUGUCAGUGGCAGUUUUCUUGCUCGUCCAAGUCACAGUACUCCAGGAAGCUUCACACUUUCAGUUCGUCGUGGCGAUGAAGUUACACAUAUUCGCAUACAAAAUACUGAAGAAUUUUUAGAUCUAUAUGGUGGAGAAAAGUUUGCUACUUUGUCAGAAUUAGUUACAUACUACAUGGAGAAUGAGGGACAACUCAGAGAAAAAAAUGGUGAUCUUAUCGAGCUGAAAUAUCCUCUCAUUUCGGAAGAUCCGACAACUGAGCGUUGGUUUCAUGGAAAAAUCACCGGGAAAGAAGCUGAAAAGAUGCUACUAGAACGGGGCAAACCUGAUUGUUUUCUGGUUCGUGAAUCUGUUCACCGACCAGGGUCUUAUGUCCUGUCAGUUCUAACAGGUGAACAAGUAGCACAUAUUAUGAUUCAUGGGAAGCCGAAUGGAAUGUAUGAUGUUGGAGGAGGACACCAGUUUUCUUCAUUAAAGGAAUUAAUAGACUUCUACACAAAUACUCCCAUGGUCGAAAAAAAUGGAGGCUUAGUGUCACUAAAACAGCCUUUCAACGCUACUCGAUUUAACGUUUCUACCAUUGAUCAGCGUAUGCAUCAGUUGGAACAAGAAAGUGGUCAUGGUUCCGGGUUAGCUGGAUUUUUAGAGGAAUUUGAAGAGUUGCAUCAGGAAGCUCAUGUGAAGAAUAAUCCACGUGUUGAAGGCUAUCAGUCUUACAACCGAGAUAAAAACCGGUAUAAGCAUAUCCUUCCAUUUGAUUGGUCUCAAGUUAAACUUCUUGAUGGUAAUCCUGAAGAACCUGGUUCUGACUACAUCAAUGCCAAUUAUAUUUGUUGGCCUGUCCAUCUAACUGAAUCUCUUUCUAAUGGAAGUUCUUUCUGUUGUGUCAAAUAUCACCCAAUUUCUUCAGUUUCUGAUCAGAAUAAUAAUCAACAAUGUAAUGCUUCUAUCACUACCUCCAAUUCUCCACACACUCCAAAUAGUUCUGCUGCAUUUUUUUUCAAUGGGAAACCACGUUACAUAGCCACCCAAGGGGCAGUUGCUAAUUCACAAGAUGCAUUUUGGCGUAUGAUAUGGCAAGAAAAAAGUGCCGUAAUCGUUAUGAUCACGAAAAUAAUGGAACGUGGUAGGAAUAAAUGUAUUCGUUAUUGGCCAACUGCAGAAGAAGGUAUACGAGAGUUUCCAAAUUAUGGUGGUACGAUUCGUGUCCGACAUUUGUCUGAAAGGAAUUCUGUUAAUUACACGCUACGUGAACUUUAUAUGACUAGAGAUUCUUCUAUAUCAACAAAAAACACAGAACAUCAGUUUCCUCAUUUACCUGAAUCUGUUACUUCCACUUCUACUUGUUCGAGUCCUACUAUCUCUGACACACGAUUUGAUCAGAAGCAUUGCAAAUCAAGUAACACAAAAUUGCAUCAAACCGAUACCACACUAUCAACCGUCAGUAGUCUUGAAAGUACAUCUCGAGAAGUGAAUUCAGGAAAUGGACUUACUGUUUAUCACUAUCAUUUCACUGUUUGGCCCGAUCAUGGAACUCCUAGUGAUCCUUCGUGUGUACUCGAUUUUAUGCAUGACAUAUCUGCUCGACAGGAUAGUAUCCCAGGCGCUGGACCUAUUGUUGUACACUGUAGUGCAGGUAUUGGACGUACUGGAGCAUUUAUUGUAAUCGAUAUGCUCAUAAAUUACAUCAAAACAAUGGGCCUUAAUUGUGACAUAGAUAUUUCCCGUACAAUCCAAGCAGUUCGUGAACAACGUUCUGGGAUGGUGCAAACUGAAACUCAGUAUAGAUUCAUUUAUAAAGCUGUUCAGCAAUAUGUAAAUACAAUGUCCAAGCGUAUACAAAUGGAUAAUGAUCUUCGCCGUACUGGAAGAGACUACACUAAUAUCAAUCGUGCUGCUGAUGAUAUUGGUGUAAUUGGAACAUCAGCUGUCAAUAUAUUUCCAACGGUUUGUUCAUCAUUGGGUCUCAACUCCCAUGAACAACAAAGUGUGACAUCAAACUUUAUUCCUGGAGCAAGUAUCAACACACCUUCAGUUACUGGAUCUUCUGUGCCUGCUUCAAACAAGCAAUGCAAUUGUCCUAUUCACUCUUGUUCUCAGCGACAAUCAACAUCAAACCAUAAUAUAUCUCAAGCUUCCGCUUAUCCCACCAACUGUUCACAAACUGCUGUUUCAUGCACAACAUUGCCCUGCACUGCUCCAGUUGUGUCCGUUUCGCCUCGCAAUGCGGAUUCUGUAACUGGGGGUUUCUUCCAUCGACUGACUGCACCAAGUCGUCCCCGUACGAAGUCAUGACACCUUUUGAAGACAUUUUAUCCGAUUAAUUUAAUGUGAGUUUUUGUCGGAAUUUCAUCAGGAAAUAUAAUAUUUAUUUAUUUUAUAUUGUGAAAUGUAUGAAACCAUAAACUUUUAAAGAACUAUCAUUUCAACUGCCACACCACAUGUUGUUAAUAGUGUAUUUAUGUUCAUUUAGUGUCCCGCGAUCUGAUUCCAUAUGAUCGAGUAAUAUUGAUUCUAAUGAAAUUUAUAUCUUUUUUUAUAUAUAUUGAGUCGACGUAUCCUGUCGAUAACAACAUGGAUAUGAGAAGUCCAUUACAAAGGUAUUUGAGGAACAUAUAUUCCAAGCAUAAUUUAGACAAGCGAUAAGAGACGAGAAGAAAUACACGUGAACUGAAGUGGGAAAAAUAACCAGCUCUGUGAGUACUAGGUGACCUAGUCUUCGUGAACAUGAACUCAACAUAAAUAUACAGAUAUAUACACACUACCAUACACACGCACAAAACAUGUUCAAGGUUAAAUGUGAGUAAUUGACCAGGUCUGACGAAUAAAAAGAUAAGAAUGAUUUAUCUGCCCAAAAGUUGUAAAAAAAUCACGUAAGCGUGUAAUAACAUCGAAUUGCUACAAUCAAUUUCUGGACAUAACUCGUCUCGUCCUAAUCUUUCAAGGGUUGACCUCCAAACAAAAGACUGUCAUUAACGUAGAGUAAAAAGUGUACAUAUUUCUUAACGAUGAGAAGGUGUCAAUGAAGUGAAAUUUUCUGAACGCUUCGAGUUAUAACGAAAGGAUUGUCUUUCUUAUGUAUUCCACCACAGCUCCAUUUCUCCUCAUCAUAGUUACGUCUACUUUAUGAGCCUCAUCUGCUCAACAUAUCGGAAUGGAUGUUUGAAUUGAUUUUAUUGAAAAUAUAUUAAAGCUGUCUAAUAAAUAGAUGACAUAUAUUUGCAGAAACUUUCGAUUCAAGCUAUUAAUUUUGCACAUAAAUUGUAAAUCUUUGGGACUUGAGAAGUAUUAGGAGUAGUUGAUUUUAUAUAUUAACCGUAUUUUGUUUUCUAAAGAAUUUAUCAAACUUCACUUAAACUCUUGUCGUCCCUAGUUAUCAUUUGCAAAUCAAUAAAUAUUACAAGAGUUUCUUCCCAUUUCCUAAUCUAAAGAUAUGUCAAGAUAUUGUAUGUAUUGCUUUAACUAUUCAUGGGAUUAUAUAUAUAUAUAUAUAUUUGUGCAAACAAAUUUUGUUGUAUAAUACCCAACGUUUUGUUUGCACUGUCUACUUUUACUAUUUUAUUCUCUGUUACUGUAGGUAAAGAAGCAUUAGUGAUAUCUGAAAUGUAUGUAAUUGUACUCAUUUAUUACAUGUAUGACUUUAAACAGAUUUUGUUUAUUUAGAAAUCAUCAUAAAAAAUCAUUGGUUUUUUUUCCUUUAUCACCGAAUUAUCAGUAGUAAUCUUAUUUGACUAAUAAACCAUUGAAAUCUAUAUUUUGUUAAAAUGCUGUAUACAAUGAUAGUAUGAAUAUGUAAAUGGUAUUAUCAGUACUGAGUUGUUUAAUUUUUGUUAUUAUUUACCAAUUAUGUUAGUUUGGUUUUUAAUUCUAAUAAUGCUCCAAAUGUUUGUUGAAAUGAAAAAUUAUCUCUUAUUAUAUACUUGCACAAAUACUGUUUUCAUUCAAUGAAAUAAAUUUUAUUAUUAUUUUUUUGACUUAUCUUUUUUUCUUCUUUUGAAUAACAAUUUUUGUGUAAAACUCUAAGUAAAACGUUGAUAAUUUACCUUUAAACGAUACAGUUUACAAUUUACUAAAAUAAUGUAAAUUCUCUCUUUUACUCUUGGUAUAUAAAAAGUGUUUUAAUCGUUCCUAGAUUUAAUUCCUUUUAAAUAAAGUUUUUUAAAAAAAAAUGAAAUUCGACUGUUUUUUUUUUGAAAAUUUAUUUACAUUUUUCACUUUAUCAUUCACGGGAAGGAAUCCAUUCAUAAUGUUUGUAUCAGAUUACACAGUUCUCGUAUUAAUGUUUUUUUGGAUAAUGCGAUAAUUAUGUUUUACUUGUAUUCUUAUUAUUUUUACUGUGUGAAAUUAUUGUUCACUCGAUUUAAAAGAAAAUUAAAUUUACAAUUUAU